AAUCAGGCUUUACUUCUCAACCAAAAAGUAAACCAUCACUACAAGAAAUGAAGGAAGAGCACUUUGGCUUGUUCAUUGAACCAAAGAGGAAGCUUUGCUAUAUUCUUGGAGGAAGCUUUCUCCAAGCUUAUACAUUCUCGUCUUCCCAGCCCAAGGAGCGCCGAGGCAGGGCAAUCUUACCAACGCCAUUUCCCAGCGGGGAAACUCUUGACAAGUUUUCAGCUUUUAAGGGAAUUGGGAGGCUCAAAUUACUGGUGAUGGCAGUGUUUUUGACAAACUCUCUACAGAUAGCUACACCACUUGAAGCUUUGGCUGCUGAGAUAUGUGAGCCAGAGAGCUCCAUGUUCAGCAUGCCAAUUUUGUUGCUUGUAGCUCUUAUUGGAGCCACUGUUGGAGAAUCCCAGAGAGUGAAAACAGGCAAAACCUUUCUGAGGAACCAAGAACCAGAAAAAGCGUAUGCAGAGUUCAAGAUAGCUUUGGAACUUGCCAAGAGUCUCAAAGACCCCAUCAAAGAAAAGAAGGCUGCAAGAGGCUUAGGAGCCUCGCUGCAACGCCAAGGGAAGUAUAGGGAAGCCAUACAGUAUCACUCCAUGGUUCUAGCCAUCUCAAAGAGGGAAGGUGAAGAUUCUGGAAUCACUGAAGCAUAUGGAGCUAUUGCAGACUGUUAUACCGAGCUGGGAGAUCUCGAGAAAGCUGGAAAUUUCUAUGAUACUUACAUUGCUCGGUUAGAGACAGACUGAUUCUUCUGCAAGGUCUUGUAAUAUCAUUGAAUAUCAUUGAUUUGUUCUUGUAAUAUUCGAACAAAAGUUUUCCCUUGUA